GAUGGUUGGAUAGAAAUGUCUUAAAUCAUUCUAUCACAGGAGAUGAGUGAUGCUAAAGAAAUGUAAAUAAACUGACAACAACCAGACCCCAAUUUGAGUGUUCAUCCCAGGCCUGUGAAAAACUACAAGACCCAUGAUGCCUUUCACAAGCACUAAGCUGUCCAGUUCACAUAGGCUCUCUAGUGGCAGGAGCCUAUUUUCUAUAGGUUAGUGGCUAGGUUAAAUAAAGUGGUGCAUGUUGCCCCACCCCAAAAGCAAGCGUCUGGAUUGGAGUUUGAGCCUAGCCCAGGGCAGAGCCGGAACUUACCUUUGAACUUUAAGCAGUCAGCAGCUACCUAGAUGGUUCUGGAACUGGCUGCCAUCCUGACGUCUCAAGAGCUGCAAGCAGGUUUGAAUCCAGGAUCUUUGUGGCCCUUCUGUGACCACCGCAUUCCUUAUACCUUCACCCCCGGGACCUUCUCCAGCUUUCUGUCUCACAUAAUUAUUGCUGGCUCCAGGGACUUCUCAUUAGUCAUAAGACUUAACUCACAGCUACAGGUAAAAGUUCACUUUUGAUGAUCCUUUAGAAACACCCAGUACUGUUUCCUGGCAAGCGGGAAGUGCUGAGAAGUAUAGACCCCCAGGCAUUGUUAUCUGAGGAUAGAUGCUGAGAAUCAGCUGACCCGGAGCAAUGAUGUCAGUCCAAGUAGGCUUUACUAGCUGCCCUGCUUUCUAUAGGUCCUCCCGGACAGCCACCAUGGCCUCUCAGCCUCCUGGGCUGGCAGAAGAACCUGACCCAAGUCCUGGAGAGUCUGAACUAGCUGUGAACCCAUUUGAUGGGCUCCCCUUCUCUUCCCGCUACUAUGAGCUGCUUGAGCAGCGCCGAGGCUUACCCAUCUGGGCUGCCCGCUUCAUCUUCCUGGAGCAUUUGGAGAGUAGCCCCACUGGCGUGGUCCUGGUGUCUGGGGAGCCUGGCUCUGGCAAGAGUACCCAGAUCCCUCAGUGGUGUGCAGAAUUUGCGCUGGCCAGGGGAUUCCAGAAUGGCCAGGUUACUGUCACUCAACCCUACCCUCUGGCAGCCCUGAGCCUGGCUUUGCGGGUUGCUGAUGAGAUGGACCUGACCGUGGGUCAUGAGGUUGGAUAUAGCAUCCCCCAGGAGGACUGCACAGGACCCAGCACUCUGCUCAGGUUCUGCUGGGACAGGCUGCUCCUGCAGGAGCUGGCCUCAACCCGGGGCACUGGAUCCUGGGGUGUGCUGGUGUUGGAUGAGACUCAGGAGCGGUCAGUGGCCUCAGAUUCACUCCAGGGGCUGCUACGAGAUACCCUGCUGGGAAACCUUCCAGGGGACCCCCGAGUUGUUGUGGUUACAGACCCAGCCCUUGAACCUAAGCUCCAAGCCUUCUGGGGCAAUCCUCCUGUUGUGCAUGUACCUAGAAUGCCGGGCAGAAGUCCCACCCCUAUCUACAGAGACACUGUUCCUACUGAUCGGGUGGAAGCUGCCUGCCAAGCUGUGCUUGAACUGUGUUGGAAGGAGGCUCCAGGAGAUGUGCUAGUGUACCUGGCCAGUGAGGAGGAAAUUUCCCUGUGCUGUGAAUCCUUGUCCAGGAAGAUAGGGACCCUGGCGCUCCUAGAGCCUCUGCCACGGGUGCUGCCCCUUCACCUAGGCAGUGGUCAAGCCAUUCAGGCCAUGUAUGAGGACACGGAUGUGGGGACCCGGAAGGUUGUGGUCACUCACUGGCUGGCUGACUUCUCCUUCUCCCUCCCAUCCAUCCGACAUGUCAUUGACUCAGGACUGGAGCUGCGAAGUGUUUACCAUCCCCGGAUCCGAGCAGAAUCCCAAGUCUUAAGGCCAGUCAGCCAGUGUCAGGCAGAAGCAAGACGACUGCGGGCGAGAGGGUUCCCUCCAGGGUCCUACCUCUGCCUGUAUGCCCGAGAGCUAAAGGCUCCCCCACUGCCCCAGCCCAGGGUGUGUGAAGAGAACCUGAGCUCCCUGAUGUUACUACUAAAGAGGAGGCAGAUAGCCGAGCCAGGGCAGUGCCAUUUCCUGGAUCGACCGGCUCCAGAAGCACUGAUGCAGGCCCUGGAGGACCUAGACUACCUAGCAGCCCUGGAUGACGAUGGAGAUCUGUCAGAUCUGGGAGUCAUCUUAUCAGAGUUCCCUCUGGCACCCGAGCUGGCCAAAGCCCUGCUGGCCUCGUGCGAGUUUAACUGUGUGGACGAGAUGCUCACCCUCGCCGCCAUGCUCACGGCUGCCCCGGGGUUCACUCGUCCUCCACUGUGUGCAGAAGAAGCUGCCCUGCGUCGGGCCCUGGAACACACAGACGGUGACCACAGCUCUCUGAUCCAGGUGUAUGAAGCCUUCAUCCAAAGUGGAGAGGAUGAAGCUUGGUGUCAGGCUCGAGGUCUAAAUUGGGCAGCGUUGCGCCAAGCCCGUAAACUUCGGGGGGAACUCCUAGAGCUCAUGCAGCGAAUUGAACUUCCCUUGUCUCAACCAGCCUUUGGCUCUGAGCAGAAUCGCAGAGACCUUCAGAAAGCACUGGUGUCAGGAUACUUCCUCAAAGUGGCCCGAGACACAGAUGGGACUGGAAAUUACCUGCUCUUAACCCAUAAGCAUGUGGCCCAGCUGUCCUCGUACUGCUGCUACCGACAGCGCCGGGCUCCAGCCAGGCCCCCGCAGUGGGUGCUGUAUCACAGCUUCUCCAUAUCCAAAGACAACUGCCUCUCUGUUGUUUCUGAGAUUCAACCUGAGAUGCUGGUGGAGCUGGCGCCCCCCUACUUCCUGAGUAACUUGCCACCCAGUGAGAGCAGAGACCUCCUGAACCAGCUGAGGGAAGGAAUGGCAGAUUCAUCAGCAGACGAAGCAACGUCCUCUGCCCAGGAGCUCAGCAAUGCCUGUGUCCUGCAGUGACCUGCCUGCCCAGGGAGUGGAGCCAAGCUCACCUCAUAGCAUGAGAGCCUCCUUCAGUCUGGCACCAAAGCAGCAAGCCACAUUUGGAAACCCAAACUUUAGGAUCAGACGUACAUCAUAGAACCUAAGUCCCAAGAAACAGUGGGAUGGGCAUGGUGGGAAUGGGGUGAGCCACCAUCUACACAGCCUUAGCUUUCCUACUGUUUAUUGGUGCGGAACUGACAUACUUCCCAUUCCGCCAACACAUGCCAAACCCACACUUGUACUCCCUUUUGGUCCAUAAAAAGAUUUUCCUAUGAUACCAAA